CAGAGAGUCAGUUGAGUUGGAUGGCUUGAACGGAGUGGAGGUGCGCGCAUUUGUCGGAUUUGGGCAUUUGGACUGGAAAGUUGGUUGGAAGCUGUUUGUUGAGAGGGAACAAUAAAAAGUGCGUUGUGGAGAUUGUUCUCAAAGGCCAAAGUGUGUGGUGAUUGUGUGGAGGAAAUUGGAGGGAUCUUAUCAGUAAUUUGUGUGUAGGUCUCAAGUGAUCAGAAAAUUCACUUUUUCCCAUGAAAUCUGUGAAGUUUCCAGCACUGUGAUCCCUCGAGUGUAUUUGAGGAGUGCGAGGAAGAAUAUUAUUUCCCACAGUUGUGUGUUUAUGGAGUGGAAACAGUCUCAGAGUGGAUUACAUUUUCAGCUUCUUGUGUCUCAUCUUCUGGAUUAAAGUGCUACUUCUCUUACCAGCUUCUUCAUCCUCCGUGGGCCCUCCUCAUACGGCUGUGUUUGUGCAACGUCCAAAUUUGGACGUCUCAAUUGCAAGACGUCCCGUCUUUGCCGGCCAUUCAACAUGGCCAAAAUCUCCUGGACAUCCGGUCAACUCAGUGUUCUUCUGUAUAUAGUUAUAAUUUUAGUUCAAUGUAUUUCUCAAAUUAGUGCACAGCAUCAUCCUUCACAGCAAUUUCAAGGAGCUCGUAGGGAGCGUCCAAGAGUGGCCUAUCCCAGACCACACAGACCUCUGCAGCAUGUACAUCCAUGCGAACACAGUUCCUGUUACCCAGCCACGGGAAAUUUGCUGAUCGGUCGCGAAAAUAGACUCUAUGCAUCGUCAACAUGUGGACUGGCGGAACCUGAGCGCUACUGCAUUGUCUCGCAUCUCAAGGAGUUCAAGUGCUUCCUGUGCGACACACGACCAGAGACUGAGAAUGAUCCAAAGAAGAAUCAUCGAAUUGGGCAGAUUAUUUACAAGAAUCAACCUGGAACGUUGGAGCAAUCUUGGUGGCAGUCGGAGAAUGGCAAGGAAAACGUGACGAUCCAAUUGGACCUGGAGGCUGAAUUCCACUUUACACAUUUGAUUAUCGUGUUUGCCACAUUUCGACCCGCCGCCAUGCUCAUAGAGCGCUCCUAUGACUUUGGAAAGUCAUGGCAUGUGUACAGAUACUUUGCCCACAAUUGCCCAGAAUCAUUUCCGCACGUUAAGGAGUUCAGUAAGAACAUCACGGAUGUCAUUUGCGACUCACGCUAUUCCGGGGUGGAGCCAUCGAAGAAUGGCGAGUUGAUUUAUCGUGUCCUACCGCCGAAUAUGAACAUUGAGAACCCCUAUGCGGAUCACAUUCAGAACAUGCUGAAGAUGACAAAUCUCAGGAUUAACUUCACGCGUCUGCACACACUUGGGGAUACGCAUUUGGAUGAUAGGCAGGAGAUUCAGGAGAAGUACUACUACGCUAUUUCGAACAUGGUUGUCCGAGGAUCGUGCUCAUGCUACGGGCACGCUUCGAGGUGCCUUCCACUGGACGGAGUGGUUAACAAGUAUGACAUGGUUCAUGGACGAUGCGAAUGUACGCACAACACAAAAGGACUCAAUUGCGAAGAGUGUGAAGACUUCUACAAUGACCUCCCGUGGAAUCCUGCCCUUGGAAAGCAGACCAAUGCAUGCAAAAAAUGCAAUUGCAACAAUCACGCUUCCAGUUGCCACUUUGACCAGGCUGUCUAUGAGCAUUCUGGAAAGAUUAGUGGGGGCGUUUGUGACAACUGCCAGCAUCACACUCAAGGACAACAUUGCGAGGAGUGUGUCCCAUUCUACUACAGAGAUCCCAAUGAAGACAUCCAGAGUCCCUACGUGUGCAAACCUUGUGACUGUGACCCCCAUGGUUCCGUUGAUGAUGGCAUUUGUGACUCUGUAACGGAUCCGGAGUACAACAUUGAAGCCGGUGCUUGUCACUGCAAGGUAAACGUUAAGGGACGUCGAUGUGAUUCAUGCAAAGAUGGCUUCUGGAAUCUCAACCCAGACAAUCCAAUGGGAUGUGAAAAUUGCACAUGCAACACCCUGGGAACCAUCAAUAAUUCCGGAUGCAACAUGUACACGGGAGAGUGUACGUGCAAGCGUCUUGUUAUUGGAAAGGACUGCAAUGAGUGCAUGCCCGAAACUUAUGGACUAUCAGACAGUCAUGAUGGAUGUUCACCAUGCAAUUGUGACUCAGGCGGUGCUCUGGAUAACAAUUGCGAUGUGUCGACGGGACAGUGUCGGUGUAGGCCCAAUAUGACUGGACGUAUGUGCCACAUUCCGCUGCAGAAUCACUUCAUUCCAUCACUGCAGAAGAUCUAUGAGGCUGAAGAAGCUAUUUGUACGGGAUUUUCGAGCUAUGGGAACUGUUCAAUAGUUGUCCAGGAGUGGCCUGAAUACCAUCGUCCUAAAGUAACGGGGCCUGGUUACGUGAGGGUACCCGAAAGGACAGAAUUGGUGUUUGUUGUGGAUGAUAUUCCACGCACAAUGAGCUACAACGUUCUCAUUCGCUACAGUACUCAAACUCCUGGUGAUUGGGAAAUAGGAACAAUCACCGUUCUCCGUCCGGAUGAAUAUGAUCCCGAUGGUUCUUGUCCCCAAGCUCAUCCAUCGUACGAAACACGAAGACCUAUUGUCCUUCCGGAACAUCAGUCAUCCGUUGUGGGUUUAGAAGAUGUUUGCCUGGAGAGGGGCAAGGUGUACAAGUUUAAGAUUCAUUUUGAGCGUCACAAUCAUGCUGAGGAUAAUGCAGCAGCACAGAUAUUCAUUGAUUCGAUUGUCCUUGUUCCACAAAUCGACGUUACGAGCUUGUUUAAUUUCACCGCUCCUCCGUAUGAGAAUCGUCAACGUGAGAAUGAACAAUACAGGUGCAAUGAAACAUUCUACGAUGGCAAUUAUGAUGGGAAUCUGCAGCAAGAAUGCGAAGACUUAUCACGAUCAAUUAGUACUAUUGUUCACGAUGGAGCUACGCCCUGCAAUUGCAAUCCCACCGGAUCUUUGAGUAAGAAUUGCAAUGAUUUCGGUGGAAAUUGUCAAUGUAAGACGAAUGUUGUGGGACGACAGUGCGAUAGAUGUGCUCCGGGAACUUAUGGAUUCAGUCCGGAAGGAUGCAAGGCGUGCGAUUGCAAUAGCAUAGGAUCGCGAGACAAUGAAUGUGACCUCAUUACGGGACAGUGUAAUUGCGUGGCAAAUGCGUACGGCCGCGAGUGCGAUCAAUGUCUUCCGGGCUUCUGGAACUUCCCCAAUUGCCAGAUGUGCGAAUGCAAUGGACACGCUCAUACGUGCAAUUCCAAAACGGGCGAAUGUACCAAUUGCCAGGACUUUACCACUGGCUAUCGCUGCGAUAGUUGCAUUGAUGGUUUCUAUGGGAAUCCCCUGUUGGGAAGUGAAAUUGGAUGUCGUCCAUGUCGAUGCCCCGGAACGCAAUCUUCAGGGGAAUACCAUGCUCAUGGAUGUACGCUCGAUCCACGAACAAAUGACAUGAUCUGCCACUGCAAACAGGGCUACACAGGAGCUAAGUGUGACGUUUGUGCUGAUAAUUACUAUGGGAAUGAAGAAACGGGUGGAGAGUGCUUGCCAUGUGACUGUAGCAACAAUAUUGAUCCUGCUGUUCCUGGAAACUGUGACCCUCACACGGGGCACUGUCUCAAUUGUCUCCACAAUACAGCUGGAACGAAGUGUGAGUACUGCAAGGAUGGCUUCCACGGGAAUGCUCUUCUGCAGCAGUGCACACCAUGCUACUGUGAUCUACUGGGAACGGAUAAUGUGAUUCAGCACUGCAAUCGCACAACUGGUCAAUGCCCUUGUCUGCAGAACGUCGAGGGAUUGCGGUGUGAUAAGUGUACGAUGAAUCACUGGAAGAUCGCAAAGGGUGAAGGUUGCGAGCCAUGUGGGUGUGAUAUUCACGGCUCCUACCGGGAUCAGUGUAAUCCCUACGAUGGGCAGUGUGAGUGUCGCCAAGGCUUCGGAGGACGUCAAUGCAAUCAAUGCGAGACAAACUACUGGGGUGAUCCCAACAAGGAAUGCUUCGAGUGCAAAUGCGAUGUCUAUGGAUCAGCUACGCAGCAGUGCGACCGGGUAACUGGACAGUGUCAGUGCAUUAAGGGAAUCGGAGGGUACAAAUGCAAUGAAUGUGAUCGUGGAUAUCUCGGACAAGCGCCUUAUUGCUCACCCUGUGGUGAAUGCUUCGACAACUGGGAUCUGAUCCUUUCAAAUCUCAAAAAUGAGACCCUCAGGGUGAUUGAUGAGGCAAAGAAUAUCAAAACAGUGGGAGCUACAGGUGCCUACACGAAGGAAUUUGAUACAAUGGGUAAGAAAUUGGAGAAAAUCCGACAACUUCUGGAGAAUACGACAAUCAGUGGGCAGGAUAUUGAAGGUCUCGAGUCGGAAGUACAAAACCUCCGUAAAGCCCUCAAUGGUGCACUGGAGAAUAUCAAGAGAACUGAAAACUACCUCGAGGAUCUCGAUUCAAACAUCAAUCUGGCUAAUGUUGAGCUACUGGAUCUUCACAAUCGCACUGAGAACAUUAAAAAUCUCGCUGGUGAUCUCAAGAGGAAUGCAACACAGCUCCAGGAGGCAAAUGUCGAUGGUGCGCUUAAUCUCACGAGGCAGGCGUAUGAGCGCGUGUUGUUGGUGAAUCAGAAGGAGAUGGAAACACAGGAACUCAUUGAGAAUGCAGCCAGGCAGUGCAAGAGAACGGAAAUUCUUGUCAAUAGAACGUCAGAUGAGGUCAGAAAGCUAUCGGGAAGCAAUGCAGAAGCACUAGUGGAGUACGAGGGUAUUCUGGAGGAUUUAAAUGGCAGACUACCAGACCUCAAUGAACUAAUGUGCGGCGGCAGGGGAGAACCAUGUGAUGAUCUCUGUGGUGGAGCUGGAUGUGGGGUCUGUGGGGGGUUGUCGUGCGAAAAAGGAGCCCUCACGAAGGCUGAAAAGGCUCUCAAUUAUGCCAAAGAUACCGAGAAAACACUGCGGGAGAAGGACGAGCAAGCUGAAGAGUUGAUUCGUUCACUCUCACAAGCCAAAACGAAUGCUUCGGAAGCCUGGAGACGUGCCAAUCGUGUCUUCAAUGAAAGUGAACUGUACUACAAUGAGACAGAUGACUACAUAAAUGUAGCCAGGAGCUACAUUACAAAUCUCACUGAUGUCAUCAACAGCAACACGGCACUUCCAAGUGAAAUUGAGGCUAUCGCUGAUGAGACCCUAAAAUUGGCAUUAGAACUGGAUCCGGAGGAAAUUAAGAAUCUUGCAACGAGAAUUGAUGAAACUGUAUCAUCGCUGGAAAAUGUGGAGGAUAUCAUUGAGCAAACACGUGGAGAUUUGGCUACAGUUGAGAACCUCAAAGAUCGGGCUAAUCAUGCAAAGAAACGCGCGGAUGAGGUUCUUACGGAAGCAAAGAAUGUGGCGAAAGCUCUAGAAGAUGCGGAUGAGGCUCAAGAGAAAGCCAGCGAGGCUAUAUCGAAAGCGAAUGAAGAUAUUUCAUCGGCAAGGAUUGAUUUAGAUCAGAUUGAUGGAGAAACGGGUGAUGCUCAGAAGAAGGCGCAUGAAACAGCAACGACGGUGAAUAUUUUAACUGGAAAACUCACAGAGCUUGGCAAGAAAUUCCUUAAGAAUGAUCUCGAUGCAAAUGAGAUUCAAAGGCAGUCGGAUAAUGUUAAGGACUUGGCGAACAAUGCUCAUGAGCUUGUUACUCAGUUGAAGAAUGAUUACAAGCAAGCAAAUAACUCACUUUCGGCCAAGGCAGUCACGUCGGAGAGUGCCAGAGAGAGGGCACAGCAACUCCUACAGAGAGCCUCGAGGAUCACCGUUGAGACUACGGGGAAACUAAAGGAACUAAGAGAUAUGGAGGACGUGUACAAAGUCAAUGGUCGCGAAUUGGAGAGUUUACAGCAGAGAAUUGCGAGCUUGAACGACGACAUGACCAAAUAUCUCACCAAAAUUCAAAUGGAUUCAGAUCGCUACAGACAGUGCACGUCCUGAGGCACGAGCGCCAGGCGAAUAAAAUCUAAAAUAUUCUAGGAAGUAAGGCCAAAAAAAAAAACGAGAAAAAAUCUAAAUGUUGCUUUCGAAGAUGCAAAGAACAAGUCGAAUAGUCAAAUGAGCAGGAACUACUUAAGAAAUCGCACGCCCGUAUCCAAUUUAUAAAUCUAUAUCGUCUUAUCUAUUAGCCUCUACUUUCUAAUCAUUUGUAAAUUGUUUUUUUUUUUUGUAUAGUUCUGAGGCUUUUCAUUUCUCUAUUUUUUUCUUUUAAUUUUUAUCCCGCUGAAUCGUGUACUGCCAUUAAUUUGCAAGUCAAGAAAAAUUAUUAUUAUAAAAAAAAAAGUGAAGAAGAAAUAAAGUGGAAUAAAUGCACCUGAUAUUCACUACACUAAA